GGGCCGCUUCACCGUCCGCCCUCCUUUCCUCAGCGGCAGUGUGGGGACGUCCCCGGUGCAAGUCUCGGCUGUUCGGAUGCUUUGUCAUUGUAAGGAAAAGACAAAUAAUUGGAAUUUCAUAAUCAAGCCUGUGUGAUGGGACCAAGCAAGGCAACUGUGUCUGAUGCUACAUUUGCAUUCGCUACCCAGCUCUACAGGAACAAAGCAAAGGCUUUACAAACACAGCUCCAGUUCAACAGAAAUGUUCCUGCAGCUCCAGAGAACCUGGCUCUCCAAUUCUCUAACCCUCGUCCAAUUAUAAUAGAAAAACUGAAGGCAUCCAAUAAUCAGAGAAAUCUGAGUGGAAGUGAGGACCCCAGCAUGAGAAGCUCUGGCAUAUUUUCAGUGGUAUCUGAAGAGAGACUAAAAUUGGCUCUUCAGCUAGCCAAAAGGGACAUAAAACGAAGACAACUUGAAGAGCAAGUGAAACAGCAAGUAUGUGGGGAUGCUGCCAGUAAACCUCUAUUGGCCCAGAAGUCACAACAGCAGAAGGCUGAAGUAUUUGAAAUCCCAGAAAAUAAAAAUGCCCUCAAGUCUCAAACUUGCUUGAAAUAUCAGCAGAAGCUUGGUCAGGCAUCCAAAGUGGAGACUGCCACCUCUGGGGCUAAAGUUUAUCUCUACACACCAAAUAAGGGAACGCUAAUACCGGCUGGUCUGGGCUCUCCACCCAGUCAUGGCACAGGGCCAGCCCCCAAGCCAAGCAUCAACAAAAAAGAAGAUAAAAGCAUGCAGGAAGUCCGACGGCUGCACAAGGAGCUGAGGAACUAUGUCCAGAAAAUUGAAGAAUUGACAAAAAAAGGUGGAGAGAGAGAAAUUUUAGAUCCUGAUAAAGAGCAGCGAGUUUGUGCUAGGAGACGGGAGCAAGCUGCACGGUCAGCUCGGAUGCUUUAUGUACUCCAGCAACAGGUAAAAGAAAUUCAGGAUGAUUUAGAGAAACUGAGUCCUCGUAAAGUCAAACAUACGAAAAAGUCUCGAGCAGCAUCCAGGUUGGCAGCGGCACACAGAGGAGCUGUACGAGCCUUGCAGGCAUUUGCCAAUCAGUUUACAGAUCAAACAGAGCAGCAGAUUCCUACCCACUACAAGGAACUGGGCAGUCUCAUUCGACAACUGUCUCUCUGUUCUGCCAAACUAGAAGUGGAUUCUUCUAUUUCAGAUGUUAUCCUAGAUAUUUUGCUGCAAGUUGAAGAUCUAGAUUCACUGCUGGAAAAGAAACAAACACCCCAAAAAAUGAAGAAGUGUAUUUCAUCAUCUCAGGGCAAAUCUCCAAGGAACACUGAGACAUUUCCAUCCAGAAAGCAGCUUGUAUCUCCAAAACGGGAAAACAAAUGUCUCAUUUUAAAGGGACAACGUGGCCAAGAACCUAGAAAACCUCCAGCUGCCGGGAGUCUCUCAACUGCACUUCAGAAGGCAAACAGUUGUGCUCGGAUGUUGCACAAUAAAUUCCAAGAAGACAGUAAACCACCUGCUCCAGAGAAAAAUGCCACUUCACAAGGAAGCACAGAUGCAUUGCUGAGACGUAGAGCUGUGAUAAAAGAUCCCAUGCUUGAAGGUGUCCCAUUGAAGAAGAAAGGUGUGUUAUUGCCUGCAAAAUCACAGGGAACACCGAAAUCUGUAAAAUCAAGAGAGAUGCAGCCUCAAGGAAAGCAUGCCCGAUUUCAAGAGACAACUAUAGCUUUCCAGCUAAAAGAGAACAAACGACUUGCUAGGGAGAGUAGAAUACCCCGCACGCCUCCAAACCCUGCACACCCACCUCUCGCACCUAAGUGGUCACGGAGUGCUUCUCCAACACAGUAUGCAAAGAGAGCUGAGAAGGCAGUGUGCGAGCCCUUAAAACCUCUGUCAUAUAGGACACAGCAGGUUGCAGAAAAUGCAGAUACUCUGAGUGAAAAGUUAUUGAAUGAUCCUUUAGAAGAUACUGCUCAGGAACUGUGGAGUAUGGAGCAGCAUGAGCAACUCCAGAGCAAGGCUCUGCCUGUGGCUGACACUCACAAUCUGGAGUCAAUGCUGGAAAGAAUGGAAGAAAUUGAAAGAUACCAGGAGGCUGUACGCAGGAGAUUCACCCGCAUUGUAUACAGUGAUUUGGAGUUCUGGGCUCAGGAAGACAAAAUGGAACAGCAAAUUGCAUCAAUAGCUGACAGACCUGCAUCUCCUCCUCCAAUUCAAAUAACCACAGUAAGCAGAUGCACAGAGCCAGAAACAGACGCUGUAUUUGAAAAACCUUUUGAUGGCAAUGGUACUGAGGAAAACAAAGAAGCAGAGGAGAAAUUGCAGCCUGGAAAUGACAUUCUGCUGCCCUUGACUCGUAACUCUCUACAGAAAGAUGGCUGUGUGCCUCUUUCUGUGCCAAAACAUAUGCUUCAGAGCAUCUUGGAUUAUAACAGCAGAUACAAGCAUCACUUAAAGCUUAUUUCCCAUGAGGCAGUCGGCAGUUUCAAUCCAUGGCAGAUUGCUGAGAGUCUUGCAGAGGAGUUAACAGAAGAAGCCCUGUGUGAUGUGGCAGCAGAGCUGCAGGAUGUUUGUGAGGAUUAUGCAGAAGCUGUAUUCACGUCCGAGUUUUUGCAGCCAGAGCAGUAAAGGCUUUCAGAUCUGCCCCAUUAUCAAAUGUAAUGUCAGCCUCGGUUGUAAUGGUCUUAUCAGAUGAUGUAAUUUUUUGUGUUUUUUAGAAAUCUGUGAGGUUCUGUUCACCAAAGGAAUUGAAUUCAUAAAGGAUUUGCCUCAGGUUUUUAUAAAACCAUUAUCAUAAUGUUUUCCUUUUCAGACUUUGUUGUACUGCAUUUUUCAGGACUUUUGUGUUUUUAGCCAGUGUUUCAACAGAAUGAAGUAAACUGUGACAGGUAAAGUUUAUGUAUUUUGAUAAGAAUACUGAUCUGUUUGUAUGCCUGUAUUAUUUCAUUCAUUUUAAUGUAUGGUUUUCUUAAUAGAAUAAAAUACUGUGAGAACGACUGGUUUCAAGCAGUGUCAUCGACUUAGCUGUACUGUGCCUCAAUUUUCUGCUUUAAGUGGAGAGAAUCUGCCUUAUCUACCUCAGAAGGGAGCUGUGGGGUUUAGUUUAGUGUUCUUUGUGAAACUAGUUGAAUAUAUCUGAUAGUUGUGUUGGAAGAAUGAAGCAUUAUUGGUAUUUCUAAAGCCAAGAUGGAACAGUCCAGAGUAAAAUCUGUUUAAUUUGCUGUUUAGGGCUUUCGGACUCAUUUAAGAAACAUGUUGUCUGACCAUCACACUUAGCAUAUAUACUAGGGUUGGUUCUUUUGAGGAUGUGCCUAUCCAAAGGAAGGAUUUUCGUGGCACAGCAUUAAGUUGAUGUAAACACUUGUCACUCAUCAUGCUCACAGGCCACGAGCCUGAUUGGGCUCUUGCAGUCAGCUUCUGAAUGUAGUACCUAUUCUGCUGAUUUCUGAAAUAUCGCUAGUACAUUAUGCACAGGCAAAUGAGACCUUUCAAUAGAAGCAUAUCAUGGAGAUUUUCUUCCUUUUUUUUUUUCCUCAAGUUACUCUAAAAUACUAUUAUUUUAUCAGUAUUUAGUGAUCCAGCCUCAUUCCUUGCUCUUAAGAAUCCCACAUAUAGAGAACAAUAAAAUAAAUGAACAGUUGGCAUUUCUGCAAUGUUGAAUUGUUUAUUUCAAGUAAUCAAAGUGCUAGUUUGGGAGGGAGCAGUGAGUAAUAAUUACUUCUGGUAGUAUUCAGGCCUUAAGAUAACCCAAACCCCAACAUGACAGUUGACAUGUCCUUUGACAAAUUCAUUUUCUCCAAUACUGUUCAACCUAUAACAGAAUAAUUUUUAACCUUCUAAGAUUUAUUUUUAUUUCCUCUAAUUAGAACAUACAUUUAAAAAAUAUUGUUUUUAUUGAAGUCUGGUUUACUGUUUUGUUUGUCUUGAAAUCUGCACCGAAUGUAAUGAUGUAAAUGUUAGUGCUGAUGUGUGACUUUGAUUUCUGUAAUUUAAACACUACCUUUUUUUAUUUCUGAGGUUAUAGAGAUAAGUGUGGUUUUAAGUCCAGAAGAUUUAAAGUCAUAGUGUCUCUAUGUAUGUAUACAUAUAUAU